CGGGCGCUUGCGUCAUUGAGAAGCUGAAUCUCCUCGGACAGCAGUAUUUCAUCUGAAAUAAAAAUGAGGACUUGGAUUCCAUAUAUGAUUGGCUUACAUGUGGUGCUUAUCCUUGUGGAGUCGAGAUGGUGUUACGUAAUUGAUAAUAAGGUUUUUGAGGGCGACCGCAGACAAAGACGGCAAGGUUCCUCAAAUUCGGAAGUGACGUGCAGCGAGCCUCUGGAUGCCAAACGAUACUCGAUCAACAUUCAGAUGGGCAUCGCCAUCAACGAUGAUGCCAAAGCGGAGCCACCUAAUAUCUCCUUCAUGUCUAAUUCUUACUUUCAAGCAGAAUUUCAAGAGUCUGCUUUGAUAUCUGGUAUUGUUACCCAUGACAGUUCGCAGAUUGAGUCCAACGUUACGCCCUUCCAGAUUGCGUACAGCACCGACUGCAUCACAUUUAUCACAGUCAGUGACAGACACGGCGAGGCAAAGGAAUAUUACGGAAAUUCGACGACGACGGUGAUGUUCGAUCAAGUGUUCAAUGCUAGAUGCGUGCGCAUCAUGCCGACCAAACGUUUUGGAGAGGACAUAGCCAUGAGGUUUGAAUUGCUCGGCUGCUCUCCCGAUCAUUGCAAGGGAUCCAUCACACCAAGCUCCACAGAGUGCUCCGGCCCCGAGCUCCGGAAGUUCGUGUUUGACAAAGAGAAGAUCAUCACGUCGAUGCGGAUCACCCUGACCGCUCCAGCUACCGAGCAGGCGCCCGCGUUCAGUGUGGCCUAUGCCAGGGCAUGCAACUUUAAAAUGAGUCAGUUCGUGAUGGAGAACGAACAGCCGAAGGAAUUUGAGAUCCCGUACGGUGAAAGCUCGCUAGUGAUAGAGGGGCCGGGGUUCCCUAUCCGCUCCCAGUGUAUUGCCGUGCUCGCCCGCCGGGAGACCGGUCUCUCCCAAUUGGACGGCCAUCCUAGAGACAGGAAUCCAUUGGUAGCCAUGGAAACAGACGGGUAUCAAGUGACAUUCGAAGGCUGUGAUGCCUUGGCGCCGCAUGAACCAAUCUAUUCGUGUGGAAAUACCUACAUUGUGGAAAACGACGCUAGGAAGCGCAUUAUUGGCGGCUCGGCGUUACUUAAGGGGGAGUGGCCGUGGCUGGUGUCACUGCACUUCAUGUUUGGGCACAACGACACAAGUCAUUUUUGUGGAGCGUCACUUAUUCACCCGCAGUGGCUUCUCACCGCCGCACACUGCGUUAGUUUCCUCGGUAAUCCUGAAGACAAAAACAACAUUACCGUGGUUCUCGGGGAGCACGUGCAGGGUCGAGAGGAAGGCACGGAGCAGACACACACGUUGGACAAGAUAAUCAUACACCCAGAGCUCGUGCUCAAUGACUGGAAGAUUGUCAAUGAUAUCGCCCUGAUAAAGUUGAGCAGGCCCGCUCGCAUGUCCGAGUACGUGAACACCAUCUGUAUCGAGCCCAACUACACCGCGCCCGAUCACAGCCACUGUGUCGCUGCGGGCUGGGGAGACUUGGUGGAAGGUGCGGGUGUGGGCGUGGAAAUGCCGCACCAUGCGAGUGUUCAGAUCGUGCCCACAUCUGUAUGCGCAGACCGCGUCAAUCUACAUCCUGACAACCCAUUCGUCAUCGAGGACUCUGUUGUUUGCGCUGUCUCUGAAGGCAGGGGCUCCUGUCAUGGCGACUCGGGCGGCCCGCUGGCGUGCUUCCAUGACGGCCACUGGACCCAGGUGGGCGUGGUCUCGGGGGGCAUGGAAUGCGCCUCCGUGCAGUACCCCGGGAUAUACACUCGCGUUAACCACUUCUACGACUGGAUACACAAUGUCAUUCUGGAAAACUAAUCCACCACAGCUCCAUGACACUGUUCAACCACGACGCGAUGGUUACCGCAAAACUAUUGGUGCAUUAAGAAGAUACCGAUCGAAAUGUUGAUCGGAACAAUGUUAAAUGUAUAACCCUUGCUACGAUUAUACUUUUACGUCAAUCUUCUUGAUUUUACACAUCAUUUAAAAUAUCAAAUGCAACCGUUGUAUCUAUUUUUAUCGAUAUAUUUAAGCAACUUAACUAAAA